GACAAAUGAAUCCUACUAAUUGAAAUAAAAACAUCUUGUUUACUAUAUUUUUUGUAAAAGUCCUUUUGAAAUUGAUGUUAAUUAUAUUUAGAUAAUAUUAUUUUUAGUUUUUAUUUUUCUUGUGUUGGCAGAUUCUGGAAUUUGACACUGAGUAAAAUGGCUGACAACUAAACCCUAAACUCAAUUCAAUUUUCUUUGUUUUCAUUACAUUUUUUCUUGUUUUCGCGGUUUUAAAUUUUAUAAAUGAAUUUAUUUUUUGAUAUACGUUGAACGUGUAAUAAUUAAAAGUGUAAUAUGUAACUACCGUGUACCAAAAAUUGUAAUAAAGUGAAGAAGUGUCCUCAAAAUUCAUCACAUAGAAUGAGAUAGAUUGACUUGACACUAAAAUCUGUCAUUCCAAAGACUGCAGCAGAUUCUUAAAUAUUUUUGCAUAUUGAAAAGUAAAAGAAGGUACAAAUACUCCAAUCGGCUCUAAUAUCACAUAUCAAAAAAUAAUUAUAUAGUUGGUGUCAAUGUAAAAAAGUUGUGAGCCUCGUGUGAGGCCCAGUAUGGGCCAACAGUCCCGCAUUCAAAUCAUCAUGAAUCCAAGCACACCGGCCCGGUCACCGGGCUAUCACCAAAAAGCUAUGGAAGAAAUCCAGAAUUCUUUAAGGCCAUUUGCAAAAAGCAGUAGCGAAGCAAUGAGCUCCAGUGCUGCCAGCACUAUAUCAAGUUUUUCAGCAACUAGCGGGGUUAGUUCUUUGAGCUCUACUUCUGGAGGAAAUGUGAAUGAUAAAGAUGUUAUACAGUUGAGACAACUGGGUUUUUCAGAGGAAUCUUCUAUUCGAGCUUUACAACUUUACAGUGGUCGAGUUGAUAUUGCCCUAGAAUACCUCAGCAAACAAUCAAUUGAUCCCUCUACAGGUUUAAAGACUACUUCUCCUAGCUAUACUAAACUCAUGAGGAAACCCAGCAUUGAACGAGAAUUAGUACUACCACGUGGAAGCCCAGCUUUAGACAGUGGUGCAGGAAGUUCACGUUCUGAUAGUCCAAGACUAAUCGCCGAUUUACAUAAUCGAUAUUCUCCAAGUUUUAAUGAACCUCCGCCUCCGCCACCUCCGAGAAAUACACCUCCGCCACCUCCACCUCACGUUGUAGGUGGAGCUGGAGGGUAUCAAGCACCACCAGUUCCUAGUAAUGUACAACAGAUGUUUAAAAGAAUGUCACCUGCUCCUGUGGUACCAGCAAGGACAUCAGCUGUGGGGCAAGUGUACAAUUCACCUGCCUUACAACAAAGAGGAACAAGUCCUGUAAGCAGUACCUCAACUUCUUCUGGUCGUCAACCAAUGGUCGUUCAGAAUGGUCCACAAGUACAACAACAACUUUCGCAGCAGAUGCAGGCUUUGAGCUUGUAUCAAAGUAGUACAGCUUCAACAUCAGAACCACCACCACCGUAUCCUCUAAUACCAGCCAGUCCAGCAAACGGUCCUCCUCCUCCACCUUCUUAUUCAGCAUCAAUUCAGAAUAGACAGAGUCCUACUCAGGAUUUCAGGAAGAGCCCUUCAUCUGGUAUUUAUUCAGGAUCGGCAUCUACUGGAUCUCCCAGUCCUAUACCAGUUUCAACGAACGCAACUCCAACGGCAAUGGCGCGACCGACACCCUUACAAGCUUGGGGUGCACGACAAACAAUAUCCCAACCUCCAAUUAUUAUGCAAUCCGUAAAAAGUACUCAAGUUCAGAAACCAGUACUGCAAACUGCCAUUGCGCCAACAUCACCACAACUUCCAUCGCCAACAAGCACUACCCCACCUGCAAUAUCUGCUCCACCGCCUUCGUAUACUGUAUCUAUCCAACAGAAAGGCUACACGAACGGUACAAAACCUGCCGCUCCUCUUCCCUCAGCUAGUCCAUCAAACAACGUUCAACCAGUUACUGUUCCAACUACCGAGCCCCCGAGUUACGCUAGUACCAUGCAAGCUAAAGCAAAAGCCCAACGUGGUAUGGCAACUCAUCCUCCCUUACCACCACCACCUUAUUCCUCUGAUGAUAACCACGUUCAAGUGUAUACUGUGGAUAGUUCUAUGUCUCCAAGGGCGAGUCCUCAUGUCCACCCUUCGUUACAAAGAAAAUAUUCUCCAGUCGUUAAUAAUGAAUGUAGAUCUGAUAGUCCACAAUCAACUAGUAGCGGAGAUAGUAGGAAUCAGUAUUCAGAUAACGGAGCCCCGCCGUUACCUCCGACAGCAUCAUCUUCCGUCAAAAAUAAUCACCUAGUGAAUGGUAACAGCGAAACGAAAUCCAGUGAAACACCGCCUCAACUACCUCCAUACACUAAGAUCAAACAUCAAUCACCUAUACCAGAACGGAAGAAGAUUAGCAAAGAAAAAGAAGAAGAACGUCGAGAUGGUAAAGUGAAGAAUUAUUCGCCGCAAGCUUUUAAAUUUUUCAUGGAACAACAUAUCGAAAAUGUUAUUAAAUCGUACAAGCAACGCCAGUUCAGACGGAUGCAAUUGGAGAAAGAAAUGAACAAAAUAGGAUUGAGUUCUGAGGCUCAGGCGCAAAUGAGGAAGAUGUUGUCGCAGAAGGAAUCGAAUUAUAUAAGGUUGAAAAGGGCUAAAAUGGAUAAAAGUAUGUUUGUAAGGAUAAAACCAAUAGGCGUCGGAGCUUUUGGUGAAGUAACAUUGGUAAGAAAAAUCGACACCAAUCAUCUAUACGCAAUGAAAACUUUAAGGAAAUCCGAAGUGUUGAAAAGGAAUCAGGUAGCUCAUGUUAAAGCUGAAAGGGAUAUUUUAGCUGAAGCCGAUAAUGAAUGGGUCGUCAAACUUUAUUAUUCUUUUCAAGAUUCAGAUAUUUUGUAUUUUGUCAUGGAUUAUAUACCUGGGGGUGAUCUAAUGUCCUUAUUAAUCAAAUUAGGAAUAUUUCAAGAAGUACUGGCGAGGUUCUACAUAGCAGAAUUAACUUGCGCAGUUGAAAGCGUACAUAAAAUGGGAUUUAUCCACAGAGAUAUUAAACCCGAUAAUAUUCUGAUAGAUAAAGAUGGUCACAUCAAAUUGACAGAUUUCGGUUUGUGUACCGGUUUUCGAUGGACGCAUAAUUCCAAAUAUUACCAACCUAACGGAGAUCAUAGUAGACAAGAUUCCAUGGAUCCGAUAGACGAUUGGAACGAGGAGUGUAAUUGUAAACCGUUAGAAAGGCGGAGAAGACGCGAACAUCGAUGUUUGGCGCAUUCUCUAGUAGGAACUCCGAAUUAUAUAGCACCAGAAGUAUUGCAGAGAAAGGGAUAUACGCACGUGUGUGAUUGGUGGAGCGUCGGUGUUAUUUUGUAUGAAAUGUUGGUCGGUCAACCGCCGUUUUUGGCAAACACUCCCGCCGAGACACAAUUCAAAGUGAUAAAUUGGGAAACGACCCUACAAAUACCGAAACAAGCCAAUCUUUCACCGGAUAGUACGGACUUGAUAUUAAAAUUGUGUUGUAGCGCCGAAAAGCGUCUCGGAAAAAAUGCUAGUGAAGUAAAAUCUCAUCCGUUUUUCAAGGAUAUCGAUUUUGAAAAAGGUCUGCGACGUCAACCGGCUCCUUACAAACCGCGCAUCGAAUACCCGACGGACACGUCGAAUUUCGACCCGAUCGAUCCCGAUAAACUCCGAAAUUCGACAUCGAUAGACUCGAACAAUUCCGACGAAUUAGUCGAUAAUUCGAAUCUCUUUCACGGAUUCUUCGAAUUUACGUUUAGGAGGUUCUUCGACGACGGCGGUCUCACUUCCCUCAACAAAAUCAAUUUAGACGACAACGACAAUCAAGGCGGGCCGGUGUACGUGUGACGUUUGGUGACUGAUAGGGGUGGAACCCCGUUUUUUUGAGUCUUUGAUUCCGGAGUGAUGCCGCGGGCAUGCUAUUCUUGCCAAAAGCCCGGUUUCGUUAUCGCUAUUACUAUUAUUUGAUCGAAGAAAAAAUAAAAAAAAAAGGUUUUUCCGCCAAGGAAAGGUAAAAAAAUUUGUGUUUUUUUAUUAUCUUUGUGUUUUUUAUUAUUUUCUUUUGUUAAUCGUACAACUAGUUCUUGUGUGAAUAAAAUUUCAUCUUCUCUAGAACCCUCUAUAUCAUUUCAAAACUCAGAGUAUUGAAAUUUUAGUUUUCGGUGUCAUUUCAUCCCUUUUUUCCUAUUCCUUUUGUUUCUUCGCUGCUUUGUUUUCCCUUAUCUUCCUUCUUCCUCUGCUACUUGUUCUCGUUCUUCUUUUCUUAUGUCUUUUUGCAUCUGUCUCUUUUCUUAUUAGACCGUUCUUUUUGUGUCCAUAUCAAUUUAACAAUUUUGUAUUUUCUAUCCUCAUUUUCUUCAGUUGUUUCAUCUCUACUGCUACUAUUCUACUCUUCUUCGGCUUCUUCCCUUUUCUUUAAAUUUGUCUUAUUUAUUUGCUUUUGUUAUUCUGUUCGCUAUCUCAUAUUUACUAUUUCUUCAUCUUCGGUGAAAUAACUGCCAAGUAUUCAAGUCUAUUCUUUAUAUUUUUGUUAUUACAUCUUCCUCGUGUUCUCUUUUUUGAUUUACUACCAUCCUUUUACAUUUCUUCAUUUUAACUUCCAUUCUCAAGUCUCCUAUAGUCUUUAUUCAUAUGUCUACUUUUUCAAUUCCUCUGGAAACAAUCGAACUGUCACUUUUGAUGUUGCAUCACCUCAUGGAGCUUGAAACACCAUUUAUUUGGUCGGUUCCCAGUGUCAUCAGGAAAAGCUUCUUUGAUUGCAGUUUUACAUUUUUCGCUCAAACCUUCAGUUGAAGCUAUUCGGUGCUUCUGUUUGUAGGGUUUUAUAAUCACAUGACAGUUUUCAAAUUCAUUUUGUACAAAUUCACAUACUGUGUCCAACGGUCGAAUCUUUCUAAUGUUCAAUAGCUGUCCAAUGAUACCAACUCUCAAGCUACUACACAAGGGUAAUUAAAAUUGAUUUUGUCACAAAUUUUAAUCACACAAUAGUCCUUUUGUACAAGUAAAAAAACACGAAAAAUGUAUUUGUGUGAAGUUUGAUGUAUAACCAAAGUCCAGUCUAGCUGCCUUAUAAUAUGUAAUGAAAUGCCCUUUUCAGCUCAAAUUCAAGUAGUUACACAAAUAAUUGUUGAAAAAAAAAACAAUGUAAAGUAUAAGUCAUCGAUAUUAAAAAUUUUAGGGUAUAUCAAAGUGCCUUGUUGAAAAAAUUCGAUGUAAAAUUUUCAUUUCCUAUUAAACAAACAAAAAGAAAAUUAAGUUUAUCGAAAUCUAAAACAAAUAGGUUAGUUUACAUUUUCUGCUAAGCCGUUUGUGCCUUGAAUAGCGAUGACUUAGCUUUAUUAAUUUUUUUUAAUGAUUCUUUAAAGGAAAAGAUAAGCUGAUGAAAAAAAUUAUAAAGUGUAAUGGUGCUACUUUCAAAUAAGUAACGUUAAAAAUUGUGAUAUAAAAUUACCUACCCGAUAAAAAUCUGACUUGUAUAAUUUUUGAAAAAGUUGAAUUGGAUUUUUCUAGUCAGUUACUAAAAGCUAGAUAAGCAAAUUGAUAGAGAUAUAUAGAUAUAUUUUAUGAUUUAUUUUAAAAGGCCCAGCUUUAAAAAAAAAUCAAAAUGAUGGUAGUUCAAAUGUACCAAAAAAUAUAUAUACUAAAAUGAUUGAGGUUGACAUCUAGAACUGUUUUAUUUCCCAAUAUAAUCUCAAUAGAGAUAUCUUAAACUGGUAGUUCAAAUGUACCAAUUUAUGUUAACAUUAACAAGGAUUUAUUUUUAUAUUAAUUAGUAACACAAUCUAUUUUUUUUUUCGUUAAAAUUCAAAAGUUUAUAAAGAUUAAAAUGUUAGUAGUUCAAAUGUAUCAAUUUAUGUUGAUAUUAACAAGGAUCUAUUUGCGAGUAUUUCAAAUGUACCAAACCAAUAAUGUAACUAUUACUAAAUUGGACUCACACUAGAAAAUAUGGUUUUGUUUGGUUUUUUAAUAAAAUUUACUUCCAAUAUUAUAAUAAAUAAAUAUGGGGAAAAAUAAUGGAUUCAAUUGAAGUGGUAGCCGUCCUAUUAUAAUUUAUUUAUCUAGUAUGUAGAUUAUUUAUUUUUUGUAGUAUCAUUGUGUUGGGUUUCUAAAAGAUACUCAAUAUUUGUGAACUUUUCAUAUAUAUAUAUAUAUAUAUAUAUAUAUAUAUAUAUAUAUAUAUAUAUAUAUAUAUAUAUAUAUAUAUAAUUAUGACUAAUAAGAUUUUUUUCGGGUGUUGAAUUAUAAAUUAUUAUUGCUAUUUGUGUAUAUGUAAAUAAUUUGUCAAACGAAAGUGAAAUAAGUGUGAAAGGAAUUUGACACGUUGAUUAGAACAAAGUUUUGUAAUCCUUCUUAAAAAAAUAUUGUUAAAAGAUAGUGUGUGUGACAUGAUAUAUUUAUAAAAAAAAUAAAUUUCAAAUACAAUUAAAUAUACAAAUAUAUGUACUAUCUUGUUCAAGCAACUUUUUCUAAAUCAUCACAAUAAAUUGUUACAAUCAUUAAAUAUUAACUCAAGAUUUAAUUUCGAGGUGCCCCAUUUUUAUCAAAGCACUAGUUUUAAAUAAUUUGACUAUUUUCACUUUCCCCGUUGCUCCCUCCAAUAUUCCUUUUCCCUAUGAUGUUAGUCUCUUGGCUCUCCCUCCGUCCUACAUUUUUUCAACUUUAUGAGAUUUUUUCCCAAAUAUUCCUGAAUGACUGUAUACACUACCACUACACCACCAACACUCACAAUUACACUGAGUGAUGAUAAUUUCAAUAGCAAUGUUAUCGUCUUCAGGUAAACUGUUUACCUACAGUGUGUUCAUCCUGUAACUUGGCCUUUGCGUAUCUUAUUAUGCAGUUAUCAUAUAUUGCAGAGUGUUUAUAAAAAUUCCAAAGAACUUACAGAAUGAAUAAGGGGUUAUCAAAAAAUUGAGCAAUAAGUAGUGAUACAACAGUUUAUCUUGACAAUUAAGAAGUUCCGAAGGAUUCAAUAAUCUAAUAGAGAAAGCAUAAUGACUUAUUUAGCAUUAGAAUAGUUUAUCUCAACAAUUGGAAUUUCCAGAAGAUUUGAUAAUCAUAGAGAGGAAGUAUAAUGAUCUAUUUAGCCUUGGAACAGUUUAUUUUAACAAUUAAGAAGUUCCAGAAGAUUGGAUGAUCGAAUAGAGAUAGUAUAUUGGCCAAUUCAGUCUUGGAACAGUUUAUCCCAACAAUGAAGAAGUUACAGGAGAUUCCAUGAUCAAAUAGAGAUAGUAUAGUGAUCCAUUCAGCCCUGGAACAAUUUAUACAAACAAUGAAGAAGUUACAAAAUUUUAUAAUUAUCGAAUGAAAGUAUAAUGACCUAAUUAGUUUGUUUACAGUAUGAAAUGUCUCUCCAAUAUCCUUUUAAAUUUUUUUACACUUAAAUUUCAGAUAGUACUUAUAGUUUCUGUUUCAAAAUUUUCCUUCAAGAACUUUUUUCUCAUAAUAAUAAAAAUAAUUACAGGGUGUUUUGAAAGUAUUCAAUACUUUUUAAUUUACUUAAAAAUACCAAUUAGAAGUUAAAAUAGACUCUUUAGAUAUUGAAAAAAUUAUGAUUUAGAAUUAAAAAUAUUCUAUUUUUGUUUUUUUUUAAUUUAUUGAUCACACUUGCGCAUAAUUUGGAAAAGUAAUGUAAAUGAAUGUUGGUUGUACGCACUGCCUUUAUUGCUAAUAAAAUAAGUAUUUAAAUAUUCGUAUUGAAAAAAAAAUGUAGAAUAUGAUUUGAAAAUACUAUAAAAUUAAUUUAUUAAAAAAAGCUGUGUUACAAUAAUAGGUAUAUAUUUAGUUUUUUGCUCAUCUUAUGCUUACAGUGUUAAAAUAAGAGUAUUUAUUUACUAUUAAAGAACGAUCAAUUUUAAAUUGUUUUUUAAACAUUUAUAUCUUGUUUUAUGAUAAAACAAUAUUUUUGCAAAAUAUUUAGUAUCCUAAACUUGUUUCUUUUAUUUAUGAAGUUAUUUUUAAAUAUUGGAUACUCAAAUAAAGAAAUAUAUCGCUUUUUAUUAAAUAAUAAUCCGAAAUAAAUCUAUUUUAAUAGGAAUUUAAUAAUAUUUUUCAAAAACAAAAUUUUCACUUGAUUUUAUGAUUACUUUAAUUUAUAUUUCCGCAAACAAAAAUUCUUUUCAUUACAACUCAAAAAUCACAGAAAAUAUUUUAUAUUAAAAAUUUGUUUAAAAAACAAUUUUAAAAAUUGUAAAAAUGGUGUCCCGAAGAAAUAUUUUUAAAAUUUUUUAAUGUUUCCACAACAAAUCCAAAACAAAGUUCAUUAAUGAGAUUAUCUACUGUUUUUGGAGUUUACAGUUUUCGUAAUAUUUUUAUUCAAUAAUUAGUUACUUGAUUUUUUAUUUAAUUGGAAUUAGUUGUUCCAAAAACUAUUUUAAACAUAAUUGAACUUCAUUAAAUAUUUGGAAAAUAGAAAAAAAAUGUAAGUGCAACACCGAGACUUUUUUAUAACUCGGAUUUGAUACCCUCUCACUGUUUUCUAUUUUUUAUUUCCGUUUUCCAGUCCUGAAUUAUUUUUUCUUUCUUAGGUCUUAAAUCACCAUAUCUUCCUUGGUUUUUCUCAUUCCUCCUCAUUCUAUGUUCAUAAUUUUUUGUUGCUUUCUUUGUAUUUGAUCCAACCACUCUUUUAUUAGUUUUAUUUCUCCAUAUAAAUACCGUAUUUCUUCUUAGCCAUAAAUCUCCCAACUUUUACCCCCUAGUAUUCUUCUUUCUCUUAUAUUCAACCCCACUUCUUCUACUUUGUUAAGAAUCGACGUAGCUCAUUGUUGGUCUUAUUAUUGUUUUGUCCAGAUAUACCUUCGCCUUUCUGAUGUAAUACCCUUAGUUAUCAUUGCUUCUAGAUUUCCUCCCUAGUCAUCGUCGUCCUUUGUAACCACCAUUAUUUCAAAGAAGAUUCAACAUGUUUUGGUUUUCUUUUGCUAUCCUAUCCAUGACUGUGGGUGUUCCUAGCUUUUUUUUAUCCCAGCCCAAACAACCCUUAUUCUGUUAUUUAUUCACCGUUUUAUUAUUUUAGUGAACUGAUCUGGAAUUUGGACUAAAAUAACAUUCGAAAUUUUUAUUUGCCAAUUAUGUAUCGAUGGAAAUGUAUUUUUCAUCGGGCACCCUUUUUAAAUCGUUCCAAUCACUAUUUCCAAUUUUUCCUCUGUGUAUUUUAAGUUUAAAUACGAUUUAAUUUUUAGAAAAUAAUUUGUCUAGUCUAUCAAAUUUUUUUUAUCCAAUUAUAUUAAUUUUUAAAUGUUUUUUUUGUGCGAAUUAGAUUUUUAAAAUUCUAUGUUAAGUUUUAGGCAUUCGUGUUUUAAACAAUUUUAAGUCAAAAGUGCCUUAUUUCUAGAAUGCAAAAUUGUAAAUGUGUGUAAAUAUAUAUAUAUUUUUUUGAAACGAUAA